CCUAUUAAAUUGAAAAAAAAAAAAAUACAGACACCGAGCAGCGGAGGGUUUCAGCGGCGAAAUCCUAUCGAAAUCAGCCAAACACACUAGGAACAGAUCGGAAACUUUCAUCGAACCUCCGGCCGCCGCCGACGGUUCUCCUACUUCGGCCGUCCAGAAAUGGAUAUCGAACAUCCUCGACCCCCCAAGUCCAACUCCUCCAUCUCCCGCCUCCGAUCAAGUCCCCCGUCCUCCACUUCCGGAAUCUCUCUCCAGUCGCCAAUCAAUGCGUCGCAAAUCCCGAUUCCAGACGACAAACAACGGCGUCGCCUCUCCUCAAGGAAUCCCGACCACUCCAAGAAGGACAUUCAAAGCCAAUAAUACCUCGAGUGAAAACCAAUUGCUCUCCCCUCCAAAGAAUUUAAUCGAACCGGUUCAUCAGAGAUCUAAUUCUGGAACGAAUGUUUCCGGUGAUGAGAUCCUGUCUCCGCCUAGGAAUCUGGUGGAAUCGGCUCAUAGGAGGUUGAUAACGUCAGCUACGUGUUCAACCGAGAAGAGUACGGCGACAAAACCCGAACAAAUUGAUGAGUCUGCGGCGGAUGUUGGUGAGGGAAAUAAUGAAGAGCUUAAUAGGUUUCUGAAGGAGCAGAGGAUGAAGAUUGAUAAGAUCUUGAAUGGAGAAACGAAUGGGAAGGCGAAGAUUGUUCUGUCUGGACCAUCAAACAGUACAAGUUCAAUGGUGGCUGCAAUAUGCUAUUCAUGGCUGUUGGAGAACAGGAGGAGGAGGAAGAAGAACGAUAAAGAGAAAGGAAGAGAAGAAUUGGUUGUGGCGCCUGUCAUGAAUGCCAGCAGGCGAAAAAUGUGGACGCAUCGACAAGCGGCUUGGCUCUUCAACCAAGUUGGUCUUGAUGCCACUGCAUUGCUCUUCUCCGAUGAGGUGGAUUUGGAAAGGCUAAUGAUGGGAAAGCAGCUUAGUAUUCUUAUAGUGGGUGAAGAUAUACUGAAAACAGAUAGAGAUGUUGCUUCAAGGUGCACCAUUUUAACAGACAAUUACUGUGAAGACUCUUAUGAUUUACUACUUCAGAAUCCUAUCCUCAAGAACCUUCUGCUUGCAGGUGUUGUAUUGGACACAAGAAAUCUCGAUGGGUCUGGAAAGCUGUCCACUACUAGAGAUGCUGAAGCUGUUCAGCUGCUAUCAGUUGGCUCUGCCCCCAAUUACCGAAACACCCUUUACGAACAACUGGUGCAAGAUCAAAGAGAUGGUUCAUUCACUGAAGUUUUGCAGCUUAACUAUGGUAAACCGCCUAAUGGAGGUCUAUCACCAGCAGACAAGAAGAAGAUUCAAGAAAAAGCUCAGAAGGACUCAAAUAGUAUGAAGAAUACAAGCACUAAUAAUCAUAUCUCAUCCAAAUCAGCUAAUGCCAAGCCUGCCCCUACUCAAGUAGCUGCAGCAAAACCCGAAACAUCACCUUCUAAUGGAAAUCGUGGAAAGAACAAGUUCUUCUUAGCAAAGUGGUUUGGUUUUGGUUCAAAGUGACCGACAACCUUUACUACGGCAUAAGAAGCUAAGUCUGAUUUAUGGGGUCGGUAGAAUUUUGGUCAAUGCCCAACAUUGAUAUGGGUUUGAUAUUUCACUCACCUUAUACUUAAAAAAAAUAACAAUAAGAUCGGUUUGAUCUCAGGUUUGCUAAGAACAUCAAUCCUCCAAUAAUUCUUAGCAUAUUUCUAUCUGUAUGUCAGUAUGUGUUUGAUUGGGUUCAUC